AUGCCGUCAAAUACUUCCACGACUAGCGGUGUUCCACCUGCGGGUGACGGUGCUCAAGAAAAGCAAAAGAUGCUUCUCUCUUCCGAAACAGGUCACUUUAGCAUGAUCAGGGCUCUGCAUCUUGCUGAUCUGGUAACUGAACUCAAUGUGAUGUCCGUCUUCUCCUCGAUGCGUUACUGUCUUGGUGACCCUCGCGAUUUUGGCGCAAUUUGGGCUGCUCUGAUAUUCAUGCCCUUUGGGCUGUUCUUCGACUUCAUGGAUGGACGGAUUGCUAGGUGGAGGAAGAAGUCGUCACUCAUGGGACAAGAACUCGAUUCACUGGCCGAUUUGAUUUCCUUCGGAAUGGCACCUGCCGCCGCAGCUUUUGCCCUCGGAAUGCGCACCAGCCUCGACCACCUGCUCCUCUCCUUCUUUGUUCUGUGCGGCCUGACACGAUUGGCCCGCUUCAACGUGACUGUUGCUGUUCUGCCGAAAGACAAGUCCGGAAAGUCGAAGUACUUUGAGGGCACCCCCAUCCCGACCACAUUGUCGAUUACCUUUUUCCUGGCCUACUGUGUCUCUCAAGACUGGGUGCUGGAAGAUCUACCCCUUGGCCUUGUAGCCCAGGGCACAGCGUUCGAAUUCCACCCGCUGGUACUACUGUUUGUUUUGCACGGCUGCCUUAUGGUCAGCAAAACGCUGCAUAUCCCUAAGCCUUAA